CAGCGGACCCGUGAGUGCGCGCGCAGCUCAGCUGCCGCGCGACCGCGGGAAAAUUUCAAAAAAGUCAAAACAAAACAAAAAGCCAAUACGAGGCCAAGUUUUCAAGCCACAAAGCGUGGGCAGUGGCUUCCUUCCCGCCACCGCCCAAACUGCUGAAGCAGCUCUGGCGAGGACCACCGGGUAAAAGAGAGGCCGCAGAACGGAGGGAAGACGGGCGCCUCAGGCAUCUGGCCUGCGUAUCAGCCGGGGUUCUGCAGGGAGAAGGUGAAAUCAUGGCUUACUUUGAUUCCUUAGGGACUUGAUUUGAUGUGUGCUCCCCAUUUCCUUCGAUGCUUAGCAGCCUGCAUGCAAGGACAUCACCUUUUCCCUUUUUUCAAGAUGGCUCAAGAUUUCAUAGGCCUUGCUUCUGACUGCCAGUAUUGGCUGCAGAAGCUUUCCGCAUGGUACCAGGCUUCUACUUUGGAAACCCAGAAGGACAUCUGUCUGCACCUCCCUCAGUUCCAGGAGUUCCUGAGGCAGAUGUAUGAAGCCUUGCAAGAGAUGGAUUGUAAUACAGUCAUGGAAAGAUUCCCCACAAUUGGUCAGCUGUUGGCAAAAACUUGUUCAAAUCCUUUUAUAUUAGCAUAUGAUGAAAGCCAAAAAUUUCUGAUAUGGUGCUUAUGUUGCCUGAUUAACAAAGAACCACAGAAUUCUGAGGACUCAAAACUUAACUCCUGGAUACAGGGCUUGUUGUCUCAUAUACUUUCUGCAUUCACAUUUGAUAUAAAAGAAAUUAAUCUUUUCAGUCAAUGUCUUGGAUAUGAACCUGUAGAUUACUAUCCUGCUUUGCUUAAAAAUAUGGUUUUAUCAUUAGUGUCCAAACUGAGAGAGAGUCAUCUUCAUGGAUUUCACACUCAAAGGCGGAUGGCUCCCGAACGAGUGGCGUCCUUGUCACAGGUUUGUGUCCCACUUGUUACUUUGCCUGAUUUUGAACCCCUAGUGGAGGCCAUGCUCACCUACCAUGGAUGUGAACCUCAGGAAGUCCUCUGUCCUGCAUUCUUUGAAGCUGUAAAUGAGGCCUUUUUGCUGAAGAAGAUUUCUCUCCCCACACCAGCUGUAGUCAGCCUCUGGCUUCGGCAUCUUCCCAGCCUUGAAAAAGCAAUGCUGCAUCUUUUUGCAAAGCUGAUUCCCAGUGAGAGAAACUGUCUGAGAAGGAUUGAGUGCUUUAUAAAAGACUCAUUGCUGCCUCAAGCAGCCUGCCACCCUGCCAUAUUCAGACUUGUUGAUGAAAUGUUCAGGUGUGCACUCCUGGAAACUGAUGGAGCCCCAGAAGUACUAGCUGUUACUCAGGUGUUUACACGCUGCUUUGUAGAAGCUCUGGAAAAAGAAAACAAGCAGCUGAGGUUUGCGUUCAAGACCUACUUUCCUUAUGCCUCUCCAUCCCUUGCCACUGUGCUGCUGAGACACCCUGAAGACACCCCCCAGGGAUGCCGCCUCCAGCUUCUGCAGCGUAUUUCCCGGAUGCUCCAAGAAGUCGUGGAAGACCAGCCUUGUGGGUCCUGUGGCGCCCCCUUUGAGAGCUGGUUUUUGUUCAUUCACUUCGGAGGCUGGGCUGAUAUGGCGGCUGAGCAGUUACUGAGGUCAGAAACAGAAGCCCCUGUGGCGGCGCUGCUGUGGCUCUUGGCGUUCUACUACAGGCCUCUGGACUCAAGUCAGCGGAGAGCACAGGCCAUGGCAGAGGUGGAAGCAGUGCUCAGCCGCCUCCAACUUCUGAUGCUGCCUAGAAGCACUCCUGUCUCUGCUGAGGAACUGCAGGCAGCCACUGGAAAAGGCAGCAGUGCAGACCCUACACAGUCUGCGUGCAGACAGCUGAUCAGGCACCUGCUCCUAAACUUCCUGCUCUGGGCUCCGGGAGGCCAUACAAUUGCCCGGGAAGCCAUCAGCCUGAUGGCCUGCACUGAUGAGAUGACUUACGAGAUUAUCAGCUUUCUUGACCAGACCUUAUACAGAUGGGAUCAUCUUCGCAGUGAAGCCCCCGGGUCAGCAAAACUGGCCAGAGAGCUCCUUCAAGAGCUGCGAGCUCAGGUCUAGCAAGGAGAGCAGACCAUGUGGAUGUUUGAGGGCAUGGGAGCAUCAGACUUGCCAAGGCCACAGCUUUGUGGACUAAGUCCUUUGAGCUGUGAAUUGAGCUGUACAUAUCUUGGGCCUGGGCCGUGUACAGAGUUGGGAUGAACUGGUGGUAUGUAUUUUACCAAAAUGAGAAGCCAUGUGCCUUAGCCUGGACUUAAACUCACUUACUAGUUACUGCUGUGCCUUGGGCGUUCUCUUAACCUACCUAGCCCAGGAUGCAAGGCAGAGUUACUUGAGAAGGAAGACAGAUUCGUUUUUAACACAUAUCAAGCCAAAAUGCAUAACUAUUACUUGAAAACAUUUGGACCAAGAAAUUGAUCUUGAACCACCAGUCAAUUUAGCCCUUUUCCACAAAUUAUUUUUUAGGAAAUCAGGUGGUUAUAACAUAUUUCUUUUCAUCCUCUGAGAUCUAAGACAAAGGCACUGUCCUGCUUCCCUAAGAAAUUCUUCAUCCAGGAGUCAGGAUCCCUCAGGUUUUCUGCCUACCCAGACAGAGAGGAAAGAGUAGCGGUGGGGUGUGGUGGAGGACAGCACCACCUGUGAAAAAAGUCCAGUCCUGGCUCUGAUGCCCUGCUUCCUUUACUGACUACUCACUACCACCAAGGAGCUCCUGUCACAGCACAGACUGCUGCCAGGUGACACCACAGAAAAUAGGGACCAGCCCAGGACCAGUUGGAACCAGCAGGAAGGGUUGGUGUAUUAGUUGUGUGGUUAAAUGGUAAAAGGAACUGGAAAUUCCUAAGAAAAAACUGGAAUCCCAAGGUUAAUGUUCAUUCACAUCAGCUAAAGAUUUUUUUCUUUCAGAUUUGUUCUUGUAUUGAUCAUACAUACUUAUCAAAUGAGCCAAGACCUUUUAUGUUCAUUUGAAUUGCUGUAUUAGGAGUCUCUGAAUCUGGGCUCCUCUUUAAGGAAAAAGUAAUAUUUUGUGGAAACAGAGGUUAACAUUUAAGGAAUUACUUAUUUUGGUGUAUGGCACUGCUACUAGAUCUACCAAAGAUCUGGAAAAUGCCAAGAACUUUUGACCUGAGCCUGCCUCUGAGAAACUAUCCAGUAUGAAAGGGCUCGUGCCUCCCUUGAGCUCUGCACAUCUCUCCUAGGCUCAGUGUGAACCAGAGCCUGUUGCUAUGGAAACUGAUCAAGCCCUGUGGACAUAAAACAAAAAGCUUAAUUGGUGGCAGCAGAUAAGUCCUAAAAAGCAGGGCCACCAGGAGUAAGCCUUCCCAGCGGGAUGGGAUCCAGGGAAAGUCCAAGCACUGUAAUAUCGUCAUACUCACCAGAGUUCCCUCCUCUACCCAUCCCUGCUUUCAAGGCAUUUCUCUCAGACUGUUCAGCUACGUUUUGAAAUAUUUCUUGUUCUAUAUUUCACUGUGUCUGAAUGUCUCCCAGUACUUUACAAAAUAUCUGAGUCCUCCCAGCUUUGGACGUUUGAGCUGUAGCUAGCCAGAACCCUGAGUCAGCGGUCUCCUGGUCUCCCCUGAGGGAGCCCAUCUCAAGUGGAUCCUGCAUGUCCACAAAGUCUUGUUUCUGGGGAAAGCAGACACUAACUUGGUGACUUGAGGGUUUUCUUUUGUUUUUUUCCUUUUGUUUUUCCCCACGUUGACAAAGGUUACCAGUGAGGAACAGUGCACAGAGAUUAGAAACAAAGGCAGAUGCAUGAGGGGGAGGGGCCACACCUCCCAGCGUAUGUCCCUCCGAGCAGGCCCUGGGUCCCCAGGAGGCUCCAGGCCAAGUUACUGUCAUCCCAUCCACAGUGGAGAGGGAACAUGAGGGAGAGCACGGAGCACUGGAGCAGUGCCCUCCCAGAGAACCAGAGGCAGAGGCCUUCUGGUGAGCCCAAGCCGAGUGAAGGCCAGGAAUUUGGAGCGUGCUGAAAAUUAAUGAAGUCUCCCUCUUCCUCAGUUGCUCUAGAUUUGGGGACAGUCUGGACAUGUGGGUUCUUUUCAUUUUAUGAAACUCUGAAGAAGCCUUGAGAAUGACCUCCAGGCCUGCAGUGCCUGAGUGGAGCCCGAUUCACUGGACUGGGGCCUCCAUCGCAGCCUGUGCCUCCCUGGUCACAUCCUUCUCGGCUCUGGAAAAUUUCAUACUGAAGUCUGUAGAAGUAAAAGGGCUCAGAUCUGUGUUAGAAAUCUCGGUGUCUUCUGGGGUGAUUCACGUAUGAUGAACUCAAGGUAUCGGCAAUGGGUAUCACCAGGCUUCAGCCAGAGAAUGUGGAAAGUCAGCUGCAGUGAUGAAGAGGAUGUGUCAGCGCCCAUAGUCCUGGAGGCAGCCCUACCUGUGCCAGUGGGUCAGCAACCACCAGUGGGGCCUUUGAAACAGGCUCCAGCAGGGACAGAGGACUCUGGGUGGUCUUCUCAAAGAGCUUCUCCCUCAGUGUAUCCACUAGGCAGCCCAGGUCACUGACUUUUUACUACAGCUGUGAGGAAAGCUGGCAAAGUCCAAAUUUGGCUUGAUUAACAUCUGUGAUGUUGCUGGAUACCUUGGAUACCAACACAAUACAGAAGGAGAUCAGCUACUGGGCAGAUACAAACAAUAUUCUUUUUUAAGAGUGUUCUGAGCCAGACAUGGUGACACAUGCCUGUAAUCUCAGUACUCUGGGAGGCUGAGGCAGGAGGAUCACAAGUUUGAGCCUAGGCAACUUAGCAACCAUGCCUCAAAACUUAAAAGUAAAGGUGAGGGUCUGGGAAUACAGUGCUAGUGUUAAGGCUUUGGGUUUAUUCCCCAGUUCCACAAAAAGCAAAAACAAAAGACUAUCUGAGAGCAUUUUAGAAGGUGAAAAAUCUCAGCACUCAGGCAUAGAACAAGAACAGGCACAGAACAGCCUUGGUGAAGAGCCAAUCGCUAGCAUCCAAAGCUGGGCUUCUCCAGUGCAGCACACUGGUACUUUGGAUCAGGCAAGUCCCCACUGCAGGCCCUUGAGCUGUAGGGUGGCCAGCAGGGUCCUGGCUUCUCCCUGGUGCUAGAAACAUCUGAGGGCUGUUCUGCAGACAGGUAAGGACCACUUCUCUCACGAGUGGGGAGAUGUCCUGGACAGAAAUUCUACUGCUGUAAAGAUAGAAGGUAGAUUAAUGAGACCCUAGUAAGAGAAGUAGACAAUCUGACUCCAAAAUUUACAUGGAAAAAUAAACAUUCAAUAGUAGAACAGUUCUGAUGACUGAGUGUAACAAGUAUACCACACACUGGUCUCUAUCCUUAAGUCCCAGAAAUUACAAGAAUUUGGUGCUUUUUGUGAACAAAAAGAUGGGAUGGAAAGAGGAACAAGAAGGAAACUGUACCUGUCAAGGUCCUCAGUCUCCCCUGGAGCUCCCGCCAGCAGCCGGCUUUCAGGCUUCCUCUGCUGAGCCGUAGUUGGUCAGCAGCAGUAGCUGCCCUUCCUGAUUCCCACUUCCUGGUGGCAUACUCGGGGCCUCUUCCAGCUCUGUGCCUCCUCCCUCACUUUUCCUGGAUUCCAUGCUGCCUGUGUCACCUCCAUGCAGAGGGGCCACACCUGCCCCAGGGAUACCGACCUGAACAUCCCACUGUAGUUAGGCAGGCAUCUUCACUAGAGGCCUGACAACCACCUCAAGCUCGACAGAUCCCACACGGACGGCCAGACCACACGGUCUCCUCAUGUCACAGAUGGUAACCCCAUCUUUCCAGUGCUGCAGGCCUACUUCUGUAGCUAUUGAUUCCUCUCACCUCCUCUCCAAUCCAUUAGGAAAUCUCUCAGUCUGACCAUUUCACCCCACUGCUUACCACCGUGGUCUAGGGCACCAGCAUCUCCUGCCCAGUAAAUAGCUGUUGGAUGGGGACAAAAAAAAUAAAUUAAUUAAAAAAAAAUAUAUAUAUAUAUAAAGAAUUUGGCAUUUCAAUCAGCUGU